UGUAAAUAGAAACCGUCCAGUACCCUAACACUAUAUAAUAAAGUGAUCUAACGUACCAAAAAUACCAUCAAUCAAACAUAGAUCAAAAGAAAAUAAACUAAAUAAAGCACAAUAUUCAUGGCCAAGUCUAGAACCACUAGUAUUACUUGCAAGAAGAAGAAGAGCAUUGUCAAGCUCAAAAUUGUAGUCGAAAAGCUUAAAAAAAGUCUAUUGUGCGGUAGGUCAAAAUCAUCAGUUUCCAACUGCGAUGACUCAAAAAAUGUGUCCGAAGAUGUGAAGGAGGGUCACUUUGCUGUGAUAGCUGUGGAUGGAGAUGAACCAAAGAGAUUUGUGGUUGCAUUGAGUUACUUGACGCACCCAACUUUCUUGAAGCUAUUGGAGCAAGCAGCUGAGGAGUAUGGUUUUGACCAUGAAGGUGCAAUCACCAUUCCUUGUCCGCCAAGCGAGCUUGAGAAGGUUUUACAUGAUGAUCAGCAAUGGCAAGAGGAAGAAAGGCUCGUCUAGUAACUGGGGUUUUUGUAAAACUGUGGUACAGAGCUACUGAUCAUGAACAAGAUUUCUCUCUUCUCCUAGCCUCGCCCAGUGAGAGGCUUACACCGUAGAGAUGAGGAGUGUAGAUUCUAUUGGGGCACUGAUAAGAUUUGUUGUAUAAACACAAACAGAUUCUUGCCCCUUCUUAAAUUCUUAAACCCUAGAUACAGUAACUAGAAGCCCUCGAAAGAUGUGUGAAAGGCGUUUUGCAUUAUUUCUUUAAGCAUUUUAAGACCUUUUUGGGAUGAUGUAUCCGAUCAGUGAUAUGUUCUCUUCACACAAAACUGGAUUGCACACUUUCAUGCUGGAAAUAAUACAAUUAAUGUCCAUAUACAGUCAGCCAAGGAGUUCAUUUGCGCCUGUUGGUACAACUAUAUGACCUUAAUCAGCACCGCGACAGGCUUAAAUCAUACAACUUGCCAUGCAUGAUGCAUCUAUAGGACCUGCAAUUGU